AUGGAUCAUACUCCACCCAUGGAUCAUACUCCAUCCAUGGAUCAUACUCCACCCAUAGAUCAUACUCCACCCCAUGGAUCAUACUCCACCCAUGGAUCAUACUCCAUCCAUGGAUCAUACUCCACCCAUGGAUCAUACUCCAUCCAUGGAUCAUACUCCAUCCAUGGAUCAUACUCCACCCAUGGAUCAUACUCCACCCAUGGAUCAUACUCCACCCAUGGAUCAUACUCCAUCCAUGGAUCAUACUCCACCCAUGGAUCAUACUCCACCCAUGGAUCAUACUCCACCAAUGAAUCAUACUCCCCCAUGAAUCAUACUCCACCCAUGAAUCAUACUCCACCCAUGGAUCAUACUCCACCCAUGGAUCAUACUCCACCAAUGAAUCAUACUCCCCCAUGA